CUUCCUCGCGUCGCUGCUGCAGUGAAACCCACGGAAACGGACGGAAAAUAGGUUACGCUGCCGCUGUGUCAAAACCAGCCUUUUCUUCACAAAACAACAAGACCAAGAGCAGAAUUUUCCUCUUAGUUUUGUGCUGUCAUUUACUGCUGUUCAUUUCCGAGGGGGAAUUCCGUCGCACAGGCAGCAAAAUGGGAAAUGAGGCAAGUUAUCCCCUGGAAAUGUGCUCGCAUUUCGAUGCUGAUGAGAUUAAAAGGCUGGGAAAGAGGUUUAAGAAACUCGACCUAGAUAACUCAGGAUCCCUCAGCGUGGAGGAGUUCAUGUCCUUGCCCGAGUUACAGCAGAAUCCACUGGUGCAGAGAGUCAUCGAUAUAUUCGACACGGACGGCAACGGAGAGGUGGAUUUCAAAGAGUUUAUAGAGGGUGUCUCUCAGUUCAGUGUGAAGGGUGAUAAGGAGCAGAAGCUGCGCUUCGCUUUUAGGAUCUAUGACAUGGACAAGGACGGCUACAUUUCCAAUGGAGAGCUGUUCCAGGUGUUGAAGAUGAUGGUGGGCAACAAUCUGAAGGACACUCAGCUGCAGCAGAUAGUGGACAAGACCAUCAUCAACGCAGACAAGGACGGCGAUGGGAGAAUAUCUUUCGAGGAAUUCUGUGCUGUUGUCGGAGGUCUUGAUAUACACAAGAAGAUGGUGGUGGAUGUGUGAGCGAGUCCAUCUCCGGCAGAUCCGCUUUCCUCUCCAUCUCUGACGACCUGCUCAAGAUAUCCAGCAAAUGCUCUCUGUGUGUUUCAAUGGAAGUAUUUAAGCCACUUUUGUCAAAUAGAAGCCUUGUCAAGCCAGCGUGUAAGUGUUACUGAACUCCAGUCUGCUCGAUAACCUGGUGUAGCACUUUAUGGGCUUAUGGACACCAAAAGAGCGUCUCAGCUCGAGAGGAAAGAGCAUUGGCUUGUCCGUAUUUAUUUAGGUUUUUUUAAUGCUUCUUUUUUAAUAUUUAUUUUGUUUUCGUCUUUUUUAAAAUAUUAAGUAUGAUAUAAUAAGUAUACGUAGGGUGUGACGUGCCAAGCAGAACAUUCAGAACAAAGCGCUCACCACCAUCCUGUGCAGAAGCUUGUUCGACUGCAUGACGUAAAGAUGCAAUGUUGGCUUUCUUCUGUUACACUUUGUGAUAUACACUAUUUCUAUCAUCUAGCAUUUAACCAUGUUUAAUAACUGUUUUUGUAUCAAUCGUGAUAUAAUGUUUAUACUGUUGGAAAGUGCAUCUCCAGCUUUGAAGCGUUGAGACAGUCCAGUAGAAAGUUACCAUUGGUUUUCUUCACUAACACCAAUAUCUGUCGAAAUGACAACCGCAGGUGGAACGGCACACGGCAAUCACGAAAUCCAUUUGGACGCUAAAGUCACAACUACAAUCAACAUCUGCAUGUCUUAUCUGUAAGAUGCUGCAGCAGGAUCUCAGAACUUCGCUCUUUUAUAAACUAAUGUUGCUCAAUGACUUUUAAAUGGACAUUUAACUAAAGUUUUCACUUUUGAAACAGUUGAAACUCUAACAAAUCUGUAUUGUGCCAUCUUUCUUCCACUAGAAUGACACCUGCCUUGAUAGUUCAACAAGUGUGGCUUAAGUGUCCAAAGCAUUUAGUGAGCGCCGUGUGUCUGGUCAUCUAUUACACAUGAAUUAUUUUCACGUCUAUCUUUUGUACCGCAGGAGAUUUGUGUGCUUUGAUAAACACAUGACAUCCACAGCUGAUCAAUACACGAGCUUUAAAGCAUCUGAACGCUAGUAAAGAUGGGCAUAAUCGAGUAUAAUCAUUUCAACAAGACUAGAGCUUCAAAUCGAAAACUCUUUGAGUGUUUACGUGCAUGACAGAAGCAGCGUAACCAAAUUCAUCACCGGCCUUUUUCUGCUGAUCUCAACAUAUCAAUAAUAUACAUCGGUAAUAUUGACGCAUAUGAGGCUUCUGCUGUGCUUGCUUUAACUAGUUCCUUUCUGCAUGUUUAGUUUCACCUGUUCCAGUGGUUUACAUUUAAGCUGUGAAAUUUAUAUCCGAUAUCAGAAGAACCAUUAAAUGCAUUACGUAAGUUGCCAAAUUAGAAACAAACACACAUUAUUUUUCAGAUUCACACCGGAGUUCAAUCAAAGCAAAUUCAGCUUACAUCAUUUGCCCUGUUGUUUUGUAAAUACAGAUCUUACUCGCGCUUUUUUCCGCAGCUUUUGGUGAAUGAAACGGUGUCUCAUACGUACGAAGGCACAUGAAGCUCGUCAGUUAUGGGAUGUCUAUUCUGCAUGCUGCAUCAAAUGAAAUAUUAUGGGAUAUAUGGACUACUUGAUACUGUAUGAAACAAUAAACAUGUAAAACUUGA